CAACAGCUAAGUGUGCAUGGAGGCUUGCUUCUGCUGCAGUCUUUAUUCUGUGCCUUUUAUCUGUCUUUCAGGAUUUUGGAAGCGAUGACGACCGGAAAAACAAUCAGAGGUAGGAUGUCUCCGUGUUCGAAGAUGUGCAGAGAUUACGCACAGAUGUUUUGUAUUUCUGACUGGGGAUGUGUUUUUGUGGUCACUGGGCCUUCUGAAUCCGGAUGUGGUGGCAACAAGGGGAAAUACCAACAGACAGUUUUGUCUCAAGCUGUAAUUUUCAGUAUCUGAUUGUAUUUGAGACGGCAGUAUUACCUCAGAGAAACAACCCACAGGUUCAUGUAAAGGCUAAACUCCCCCCAAUGUUCAGACACACUUAUUUUCAAAAGGGGGUUGAGCCUUACUCCUUUUUUAACAUAAAUAUUUGUAAAGCAUUAGGAGGGACUGCUACACAAGAUAAGAUUUUAUUGCAUGGGAAAAGCUGGAAGUUGAAAUGGAUGGCAGGCGUGAUGAACACGGUACUUUCCACUCAGUUUCGCGAUUGGAUUUUCAGUUUGUUGGUGAUUGUUUAUAUAACUUGUUAGUGCCAAAUGUUUGUUGCGCAGUGGAUUCUUAAACAGAUAUAAUGGUUCUCUAAUUGGAACAAGGGCUGAAACAACACACAGGUUUGGCAAAGACAGUACACAGUGAAACAGAGUGUCAAAGAUGCCGGCUGAAUUGAUUAUUAAAAACUAUUUUAGCAGAUGAUGAGCUGCUUAUCUUGUCCUCGGUGCUGAUGUUCUCAUACAUUAUCAGUUAAGACAGCUUAUUUUCUCUAGUGGCCCUCAGUUUCUCACUGUUGUCAGGAGAAAUAAAAAGCCUUUUAAAUGUUUCCUCUGCUCAGUUACGUAACCAAAGUUCAUAAUCGAUUGUUCCUGCUAGGUCACAAAGCUUUUCUCUCAUCAACCGACGUCACAAAAAGUCAUCAUUUGUGUCAGCGAAGCCCUGGCACACACUCCUGUCUUUGUGUUCACUGUGUGUGUGUGUGGGGAGGUCACUCACAGUUGAAACAGUCAUGUCAUGCCUCGUCUGCAGUGGAUAAAUGAGGAACAUGUCAUUGUGGCUCAGAAACUCAUCAGCAUGGUGUCUGAAUUUAAGAUUCUGCAUGUCAGACUUCAGAUUGACGCCAAGUAACAUUUCCACCGCCUACCAGUGCUUGCAUGAAUGAUGGUAUUGUGGUAGAGUGCUGCAUAGGGAGUGCUGCUGUGAAGAGGAGAUGGGGACCAGAAACUGAGAGGACAAGGAAGCAUGGGCGAGGACCUGAGGGCUGAGAUGGUGAGAAAGCUGUGGGAAAGAGAGACGACUUGCCAGACCACAACCACGAUGAGACAAGUUAAAUAUGCUGCAAGCAGAGGCUGCUGACUCCGAUCGUGGACAGGAAUAUGCAGGAUGCAUCUGGUUGUGAAACCUUCACAUAAAGCCAUGUUCACCGUGCUGCCUCACUUUGUGGAGGAAGCUGCUCUGACUCAGAGGGAGAUCUGUCGCAUCCUCAGCGAGAGCUUCUUCAUGGUCAAAGGAGCCGCCCUCUUUCUCCAACAGGGCGGCAACGCACAAGGGCCAAAGACCCCGACCCACCACAAACAUGCAGGUGAUUUACCUCAGCACCUGCAGGUCAUGUUUAAGAUCCUCCGGUCUGAAGAUCGCAUUAAGCUGGCUGUACGGUUAGAGAGCGGAUGGUCAGACCGCGUGCGCUACAUGGUCGUUAUCUACACCAACGGCCAUCAAGAUACAGAGGAAAAUAUCGUCCUGGGGAUGGACUUCACAGACAAGGACAGUAAAGAUUGCUCCAUUGGGAUGGUGCUGCCACUGUGGAGUGACACCAACAUACAUUUGGAUGGGGAUGGAGGCUUCAGUGUGAACACAGCGGGGCGGUCCCAUGUUUUCAAGCCUGUAUCUGUGCAGGCCAUGUGGUCUGCCCUGCAGGUCCUCCACAAGGCAUGCGAGGUGUCACGCCGGUUCAACUACUUCCCAGGGGGCAUUGCUCUCACAUGGAUGGCCUUCUAUGAGAGCUGCAUCACCUCAGAGCAAAGCUGCGUCAAUGAGUGGAAUGCUAUGACCGACCUGGAGACUACCCGGCCCGACUCACCCACCAUGUUCGUCGACCGACCGACCGAACGGGAGAGAACAGAGUGUCUCAUUAAAGCCAAGCUACGCAACAUCAUGACGUUUCAAGAUCUGGAGAACAUCACCUCGAAGGAGAUCCGUAACGAGCUGGAGCAGCAUAUGAGCUGUAACCUCAAAGAGUACAAAGAGUUCAUAGACAACGAGAUGCUCCUGAUCCUGGGUCAGAUGGACAAGGCUACACUUAUCUUUGAACAUGUUUACUUGGGCUCUGAGUGGAACGCUUCCAAUCUGGAAGAACUACGUGACUGUGGAGUGGGUUACAUCCUGAACGUUACCAGAGAGAUUGACAACUUCUUCCCAGGGAUGUUCUCUUAUCACAACGUCCGUGUGUACGAUGAGGAGGCAACCGACCUGCUGGCCCACUGGAACGACACAUACAACUUUAUUGUCAAAGCCAAGAAGAACAAUUCCAAGUGCCUGGUGCACUGCAAGAUGGGGGUGAGCCGGUCUGCCUCUACAGUUAUUGCCUAUGCAAUGAAGGAGUAUGGCUGGUCUCUGGAGAAAGCCUACAACUUUGUCAAGCAGAAACGGAGUAUAGCUCAGCCAAACGCUGCUUUCAUGAGGCAGCUGGCCGAAUAUGAGGGAAUCCUGGAUGCAAGUAAACAGCGUCACAACAAGCUUUGGAGACCUGAAACUGAUGAGGAGGGGUCGGACGAUUUGCAAGCCUCUGGCCACAGCACCGGUGGGGAAGAGACGCCAGUGCUCAGAGAGGAGGAGGCCUGGGGAGGCUGCGGGGCAUCUCCCUGCAGGGGUAUGGGUCUGGAGAUGGAGCCCCUUGACUCUCUUAACUAUAAUUAUUAUUUCAGACGUUUGUCAGACUCUGCGCUAGACAGUGAGCCUUCCACCCCAGUGCGGGGUCCCCCUCUGCUCGGUAUGGAGAGAGUUUUCAUUGAGAUUGAAGACGUGGAGAGAGAUGCCCUAUUGGAGGAUGAGGGUUUCCCUAUGGCACAUUUGGCCCUGCCUGGCGAGGGCACAGCAGCUCAGACAUGCGGGCGCCUUGAUCCCCUUGAGGACAUGAGACUGAGGCUCGAGUUCAGCACUUUGGAGGAAGAGGAUGAGGAGGAGGCCAAGAAAGAGGAAGCUGAGAUGGCGGCGUUGGCUCAAACACCUGGAAAUUCAGAUGGGAAGAAGGCAGUGGAGGAGGGCGAGAGGAUGGAGGAAAGCCGGUUAGGCCUAGCCAACCUGAACACCAACAACAGCAACCGCCUUGCUGCCAAACGCAGCUGCCCUGCAGCUUUUGACGACAGUGCUAGCACAGGAAACCCUUUAAAAGUGAAGCCCUCCUAUCAGUCCUGUAAAGACUGCCUGCGUCUACCACAAGGGCGCCGCUGUGACCGUCCAGCAGGAGGCCGUUCUCACCGCGUUAAUCCCUCCCGCCACUGCACUGUCCCCACCAUAUGCAUAGAUCCACCGGGGACCAAUUUUGCCUCCAUACCAAUUCUGCACUCACUGCAAGCCCCUGCAGUCGCCCCACCUAACUUGGUCCAGCCCUGUAGUCCUCUGUACCGCUGCACCACCUGCACCCCCACCUGCGUCCCAACUGUCCCACUAGCCAACCGGCAGAAACUGCUCUCCCCCAUGAGCUGUGAGGAGACGCCUCCUGACCGCAGCUCAGUGGAGACGGAGGACAUGGACGAACCACCAGGGGACGAACAAAUGUCACGGGAGGGCACAGGGGCCAUUGGUGAAGCUUUAAAAUUACAUGCCGGUGCUGCAGUGGAGCUCCAGCUGCAAAUGCCAGAACUGGGGAUAGAAUUUGGUCUGGAACUGAUGCAACAGAGGGCAGAAGGACUUGAGAAGCUGCCAAGUUUGAGCAUGGAGGGCCAGCUUCCUGUGGGGUCCCUGCCUUAAUACAGUGGUCCAAGCAUGGAUGAGAAGGAGGAGGAGGAGGCUUACCACUGCCUCUGCCGGGUACACUAUGAUGGCUGUGGGCUUUUAGAUCACUGCCGCUGCGGUGUCGUACCAGAAACGAAGUUCUGCUUUGACCUGUACAGUCAUGUCCUGGCCUCAUGGCCGCACUGUAACAAGCUGCAGCAGCCCUCUCUGCAUUAACAGACAGCAUCCUGUCAUCGUCUACUGGCAUUAAGAUCCAGAUGAGGCUGACUGUUUUGAGCAUAUGCUUAAGGCCUGAAUGCUUCGGGUAAGGACUGAACACGUUCCUGUGUGCUCCACUUGUCCCUCAGACUUGACUGAUCUCUCCUGAGCCUGCUGGCCCUGUGCUACAUACAGAAUCAUCGCUCCUUCCCACAGUUGAGUGGAGAUGAGCUUAAUGCUGCCAUUUUACCCUCAACAGGCAGGUUUGGCAUAUUUUUAAGAGAGGACAUAGUGGUGGAUUCUAAGAAAGCUGUUGCAAGCACUUUGAUAUUUAUGGAAAGAAAAAUACCUGAAGUAACAUGCUUAUGUCAGUGUACUGUAUGUUUUUCAAUCCGACUCAUCAACAGUAUCCAUGAAGGAGCUCAAUGAAAUUUUGCAGUUGAGCUCAUUUGAUUACAUUCAGUAUCUCUUCAUGUUACUGCUGGUGACUGAACCCUCACUUGUCUUCACUGAUAUUUCUCUGCUGCAGCUGCUUUUGCAUCACAAGGGGCUUUUCAUGUGAAAGUGUAAUAAUAUUUACAAAGGUUGUGAGCAUAUGCAUCGUACCUCAAACCACAAGCAUCUCGGGACUGUUUUGGUGAAAGACUGUUUGUUUUUGUUUUUUGGUUUUGUUUUUUGCUCUCUGCUCAGUGACUUUUUCACCCUGGUGUCCUCUGUUAAUGUAAUCAUGCACUUAAAGCUCUCACUUUAGCCUUUGUGCGACUUUGCAGUAUUACACAACACACCUUCAACAUGCUUAGACAGAAAACAUUUUAGGAUCACCUUUAACUUUUACUGACAAUUGGAAAAAAUACAUUCACAUUUGUCAGUUUAACUGAUAAUACAAUUCAAUCAGAUGGAAUCAGAUAAAUCGAUUGAAUUGAACCCCCGCUGAUGAAAAGAAAAGGAAACACUUAACAAAUACUCAUAAACUAAAUAUCAGUUCUUGCCGUGACCAAAGCCAUAUCAUAUUGCCAGGAGCAGUUAGUCAUUUUUAUUAUUUUAGAUGGCAAAGAACCAGUUUCCUUCGAUGUGCUGUACAUACAUUUCUUACUUCCUUAGCCAGCUUACAUCUGGGAAAGGAAGUGUUUAUCUGAGAGGCUCUCGUCAUAAACAAGGCUAACUCUGUUAACUUCUUGGUUACACAUUGAAAAACUGCAGACUACCUUUAUCUCAAUGCAAACCUUUGCAAAAGACACAUUAAUCAUGUCUAUAUUUAUCACUUCAGUACAACUCUAGUAUCCAUUCACACCACUAACAUAUACAGUCAAUGAUUCACACAUACAUAUUUCAGAUAUUUUAAUCAAAUGAAUCUGAGAACACACACACACAAAAAUAAUCAACAAUAUGUUGUGUCUUUGUGAGUGUAGUUCAUUUGAUUUGAUGAUAAUUGGACAGAUGCUGCUGUUAAAUAUGUUGACAAUUUACAGGUUUUGUGACAUAAAAUUUGAGUUAUUUUUUCUGAUUUUCAAAUUACUAAAUUAUUUUUUUUCUACUUACCGUGUGAAAUUUAGAAAGCAUAUUCUUAAUUUGCAAUUCUAGAUAUCCAUAAUCUUAAACAUCAAAUAAGUCUACCUUAUCAAGAAAAACCACAAACGUUCACCUUUCUGACUUCGACUCUUCUGCCCCUGCAAACAGUCUUUUCCUCAUUUGUUAUGUUUCCAUUUUGUUCAUGUUCAGACAGCUUGAGGCCUGUUUUGUUCAAAUUGUGCCAUUAAUCCAAAGUUGCUGUGCCACAGGGUGUCACUCUGUCUGGUUGAUGUUGUGUUCUUACUGUUUUCGGCACGCUGGGUGUGCUACUGAAUGAUGCAUGCGUGUAUGCAAGAAAAGCACAUGCAAAGCAAAGUGUUAUGAUUGUGAUCUGAGUGGUUCAGGAGAAACGAAAACUGUACAAAGAAUGAAUGCAAAUUAUUUAAUCCUCUAUAACCACAAGGUGAGUUGUUGUUUCUUCCAGUAGAAACAAACAACAACAGUGCAUCCUCUAUUCCUUCUUCUCCUCCCUUAACUGGAUCCCAGAGAGCUGCAGGUUUGCUCCACUAGUUAGAUUUAAAUAAUUUAGUUUUUCCCCUCACAUGGCGAUUUAAGCAUGAUGUAACAUAAGGCACUGAUCUGAUACUGCACACAGUUCAAUAGUCACAACUGCCAUAAAAUUAUUUAAGAAUUAUUGCAGCUAUAAGAUUCAAGAAAAGUAGUGGCAAAAGUGAAUCAAUCUAAAAACAACAACUAGUUCAUUCUUACACUUCUAACUGUGAGCACUAGAGGUGCUGUGAGUCUUCAUGCUGUGCUACGCUAACAAGCCGCUGGCUAUAGCUUUGUAUUUAAUGACACACUUGAUGUUCAUGUCAUCUAACUCUCAGCAAGAAAGCAGAUAUAUUUCCCAAAUAUUGAACUCUUCCUUCAUUGUAUUAUUAAUAAGAUUCCAAUUGAAGUUGUUCUCAGUUUGUUUGACAGGUGAGCCUGUUCAGUGUGUGAUGUUACAAGCACUAAAUCCUCGUAUUUCCCAGACCACAGCACUAUGCUUGGUUGUUAGCUUCAUUUGAAUUUGUUUUUGUAUUUAAGUGCCUUAACCUUGGCCUUAGCUCUUUCACAAAACAUCAUAGGCAUUGCAAAGUUUCUGUGAGCGUGUUGAUGGUCUGGCUUUUUUGUACAUCACUUUCCCCUCACUCCCAAUAAUAACCCAUUGUCCUUGCAAUGUAUGACUCGGCACAUAAUCUAAUGUAUGCAAACACACACGCAAGAUCAUGCACAGCAGCCUCCUCCACCCCAGUACACACAUACUUGAUGGACUUCCAUUUAUUAAUAGCCUAUAAUAAUACUGUAUUUGUUUGAUAUUGUUGAAACUUGUGGUACACUGUAUUGGUUCAAUAGCUGGCUGAAGAACCUUACUUGCUGGAAUGAGAACUAUCAUUUACAAAACAUUAGAACAGGAUUACUUCAAAGUCUUUCAAAUUGAAUAGUCUGUAUAUAUUUUCUCUACAUUUUGCUAUUGAGUACAUUAGCUUGCAGAUGUGGCCAAUAUUAAGAAAAGCACUGAUAACGCUACUGUAUAUUGAGAAGUACUCAUAAUUAAGUUCUCGUGUUUGUACCACAGCAGGAAAAAAAAAAGACUUUGGUCAUCUCUAAUUUAGGCAGAUGUCUUGAGGCUCUAAAAAAAAUGACAAUGACUGAAUUUUUUUAUUGCAUUAUUCCCAGGCAGCAGUUGUGAAAAUGACAAUCCCAUUUCAAAGCCAAGCCUUGAGGACUUUGUGAGGAAGGAUAUUAAAGUCAAAUUGGGGAUCGAGGCAUCUAUAGUGUGUAUUCAUAGAGCACAAGUCUGCCCCAUAGCAUGUGAGGUUGAAACAAAUGGAUAAAAUGCAGAACAUGAAAACCUACCUGGGAGUACAAUUGUGUUACGCAAAUGUUUUUUUGUUAACUUUUGUGUACUGUACUGUACAUUGCCGAUGUUCAUGUGUAAUGCACUUAUUUUUUUUCUUUUCUUUUUUUUUUUUACAUUUUGUUAAAAUGAUGUCGAGGCUAAUGUUUAUCAUGGAAAUAAACAGUUUCCUCUGU